AUGGCGGAGCUUCAGGCUAAGCACGGGGAGGGAUCCAACGCCCAGCAAGGCAAGGAGGCAAAACAGAGGGAGGCUGAGAUGAGAAAUACUAUACUGGCGCAAGUUCUUGAUCAGCCUGCUCGUGCCAGAUUGAGUAACCUUGCAUUAGUAAAACCAGAGAAGGCAACAGCAGUAGAGAACUAUCUCAUUCAAAUGGCUCGUAUGGGGCAGUUAGGUGGAAAGAUUUCAGAAUCUGGUUUAAUCGAGAUUUUAGAAAAAGUUAGUCAGCAAACAGAGAAAAAGACUACUGUCAAAUUUAACAGGCGGAGAGUGAUGGACUCGGAUGAUGAUGAAGAUGAUUAUUGA